AUGCUCACCUCAACCUUCUUCCUCAGCCUCCUCGGCCUUGCAGCGGCCUCACCAGUCCAGCCUCAUAUCAACGUGAACCCCAAAUACCCUUCACGCUCGACAUCAAAGGGCUUCAAGCUCGUCGUCAACGUCACAGACCACUCCAAGGACUUUGAUCCCCCCAUCCACAACACCGAGCUCACCAGCAUCCACACCGGAGCCGGCCUCGCCCUCGUCGGAGUUAUCGAGAAGGAAGGUCGUAUCUUCUACCAAAACGGUACCAAGGAGGAGCGCCAAAACGGCGAGGCUACUGUCAUCAGCGACGGUGGCACUCCCUUGACUCCCAAUGGCAUCGCUCUCGUGGCCGACAAGAAGAACAAGAACAUUUUCGGUGCUACUCUCAACUUUGAGCCCGGCACACCCGGUGUUCAGUUGAACCAGCCCGAGGACCCCUACACAUAUCUGCUGCCCGAGACUUUUGUGGCGUGUAACAAGAGCUUGGAAUACUACCAGGGCAAGCACUUCAUCGUCAUUGAGCAGGCACACCUCACCAUCGACAAGAACAACAAGAUCCAGCGCAACAUCCCCAAGGGUUGUGCCCCCAUCCGCCUCGUGCCCCAGUGUGCCGAGUUGGAAACUCUUCCUAAGGGAUCGUACUCCAGCCACAAGUACGCCCUUGAGUCCAAGUGCUACAAGGAUGUUUCCAAGAUCCAGUGGAAGAAGUACAGCCCUUAA